UCAACGCUAACAGCUAAUUAAUUGUGCCUGUCGAAUAUAAAACUCCCAAAAUUUUCAAUGAUAGAUGUCUCCGUUCAAUAAAUUGAUUUAAGAGCAAUGUAUUGUUGGAAACAAAUGGGUCGAACGAUUGUUUUAUUGCGUCAAUUUGAGCUUACUUUGCUGCGCGGUGGCCGAAAAUAACGUUAGAUUUCGUGUGUGAUCAUGGCACUUAGGCGUGUUUCGAUUAUUGGCUCUGGAAAUUGGGGUUCUACAAUUGCCAAAAUAGUUGGAAAUAAUAUAAAAAAACUCCCUGAUUAUGUGACAGAGGUUCGCAUGUGGGUUCAUGAGGAAAUAGUAGAUAAUUGCAAGUUGACAGAGAUCAUCAAUACAAAGCAUGAAAAUAUAAAAUACCUACCCGGUAUAACUUUGCCAGACAAUGUUGUUGCCAUUCCAGACGUGUGUGCAGUUGCUCGUGACACCGAUGUUCUUGUAAUUGUCAUGCCGCACCAGUUCUUGAGUCACACACUCUCUCAGAUGAAGUCAGCCGUUAAAAAAGGUGCAUAUGCUGUCUCACUGAUGAAGGGCUUAGCCCUCAGUGACGAUCAUGGGAUUCGAUUGUUGACAGAUUGUAUCCGGGAGAUUUUGGAAAUACCUUGUGCAGUGCUCAUGGGUGCCAACCUUGCAGUUGAAGUUUCUCAAGAAAAUUAUUGUGAGGCGACUAUUGGUGCUGUUGAUGCACAUAUCGGUUCGGAAUUGAAAACACUUUUCCAGACAGACUACUUCCGUAUUGUCGUAAUCAAAGAUGAAGUUGGCACAGAAUUAUGUGGAGCUCUGAAAAACAUUGUGGCAGUGGCUGCUGGUGUCAUUGAGGGCUUAGGCUACGGAGACAACACUAAGGCUGCAAUUAUACGCCUUGGAUUCAUGGAAAUGAAAACGUUCAUUUAUGAAUUCUUUGGUUGUCGAAAUCCACAAGAGGGGACAUUUUUGGAGAGUUGUGGCGUUGCUGACCUUAUAACGACCUGUUAUGGUGGUAGAAACAAACAGAUGGGUAUAGCAUUGGCAACCACAAAUGAGCCACUGGCUACCUUGGAAAAAGAGCGUUUGAAAGGUCAGAGUGCCCAAGGUCCUCUUACAGCCGCAGAAGUUUAUGCAAUGUUAGAACCCAAAGGUCUUCUGGAAAAAUAUCCCCUUUUUGCUGCUGUUCACAGGAUUUGUACGCGCAAGCUCGAUCCCAAAGGUUUUCUUCACUGUUUAGCAAAUCAUCCAGAACACCGUUAAGAAGUUAUUUCCAGAAUAAUUCUAUACGAUGUCUUCCUUUUACCUGUUGGAAGUUUAAUGCGAUAGACAAGCUUUCAGCGAAUUUCUUUGAGAACACAAUUUUAAAUGCUCAUAAGUUUAAUGAAGUUUUUAUUUUUGAUGAAUCACGACUUUUAUUAGAUUUAUUACUAUCAGAUAUAAAUAUACUUUUAAAAAAUCAUUCUCUUUAUAUAAAUCUAUUAUCUGUCCCACACCUCAUUAUUUGUAGAGAUUUAAAGAAAGUUUCCUACUAGUACCUAUAGAGUAUUUCCUCUAUCUGAUUACUCAUCUCCCUCUCACAACUCUUGCAUGUACAUUUGUUACAUUGAUUAGCAAUAAAUUCUAGCAAAUUUAUC